CAUUUCCACAAGCCUUUGUUUUUCCUUUCAAUAUAAAAUCCAAAUCUUGCCCCCACACCCACACCCCAACGCUCCAGGCGGUUAUUUCCACAUUUCCCUCUCUCGUUUGCUCCGCCCAAAUCUUUUCCCUUCCCUUCAUAUACAUAUAAACUCUCCUCUCAUUUUAUUUCCAUUCAUUUCCUCAGCUCUUUCUCUCAACCCAUUUUCUCAGCUCCCAAACACGUAAAAAAGAGACAGAAGGGAAAGAAAAUGUCAUUGACGACGUCCACCAAGUUCGCUCAGCCCCUUCCUCUGAACACCACUUCGUCCAGAUCCAAGGAACACAAGCUCUUAUUCGGUCCUUUCAGAACAAACUCUUUCCUCGGAUCCGCUCACAAGCUGCGCUUCAAUUCUCUCUCCAAAUCCAAUCAAACUAAUCUCCACCGUCGAUCCGCCAUCGUUGCUGUAUCCGAUGUUGUCAAGGAAAAGAAGUCCAAACCCAGCACCAAUCUGCUGAUCACGAAAGAGGAAGGCUUGGAGCUCUAUGAGGACAUGGUAUUGGGGAGAGCUUUUGAGGACAUGUGUGCCCAGAUGUAUUACAGGGGCAAAAUGUUUGGUUUCGUUCACCUCUACAAUGGCCAAGAGGCUGUGUCAACUGGGUUUAUCAAGCUUUUGAAGCAGGAAGAUUCUGUGGCCAGCACAUACCGUGAUCACGUACAUUCGCUGAGCAAAGGGGUCUCUGCUCGUGCUGUGAUGAGUGAGCUCUUUGGAAAGGCUACUGGGUGUUGCCGAGGCCAGGGUGGUUCGAUGCACAUGUUCUCAAAAGAGCACAACGUGCUUGGUGGCUUUGCUUUCAUUGGUGAAGGGAUUCCUGUGGCUACUGGUGCAGCAUUUUCCUCCAAAUAUAGGAGAGAGGUAUUGAAGGAGGCAGAUUGCGAUCAUGUGACAGUGGCAUUUUUCGGAGAUGGGACUUGUAACAAUGGCCAGUUUUUUGAGUGUUUGAACAUGGCAGCAUUGUGGAAAUUGCCAAUUGUGUUUGUUGUGGAGAAUAACUUGUGGGCUAUUGGGAUGUCACAUGUGAGGGCGACUUCAGAUCCUGAGAUUUGGAAGAAAGGGCCUGCAUUUGGGAUGCCAGGUGUUCAUGUUGAUGGUAUGGAUGUUUUGAAGGUUAGGGAGGUGGCAAAGGAGGCAAUUGGAAGAGCUAGGAGAGGAGAAGGGCCGACAUUGGUGGAAUGUGAGACAUAUAGGUUUAGAGGACACUCAUUGGCUGAUCCUGAUGAGCUUCGUGACCCUGCUGAGAAGGCACACUAUGCUGCUAGAGAUCCCAUUACAGCAUUAAAGAGAUACAUGAUUGACAACAAUCUAGUCACUGAACAAGAGUUGAAGACCAUAGAAAAGAAGAUAGAUGAGGUGGUUGAGGAUGCUGUUGAGUUUGCAGAUGAGAGCCCUCAUCCACCUCGCAGUCAGCUAUUGGAGAAUGUGUUUGCAGAUCCAAAAGGUUUUGGAAUUGGACCUGAUGGGAGAUAUAGAUGCGAGGAUCCCAAAUUCACUCAAGGUACUGCUCAUGUGUAACCUUUCAAGCCCGGACUUCAAGCAAUAUGUCUUCUGGUUUUAGUCCAUGGAUGCGUGGUUUAUAUUUGAGCUUUCACUAGUGAACUUUCAAAAAUGUGUCAGCUUUUCUAAUAUAAGCAGGAUUUGUUAUUUAGGUUGCAUUCUAUAUUUCCAAUUUUUUAUUUUUACUUCACUUUUUUGGUAUAAUUUAUCACGUUCUUUGGGACUAGCAUUUGGAAUGGCAAGCUCUGAAGGCCAGUUUCAUAUUCUGUGUGCAUCAAGAUGUUCUAUAUCUUUGUGUUCAUGAGGGUCCCGUUUUUAUAAGUUGUGUUUUCUUGUAAGUUCCUACAGUAGUGCUCCUUCACUGAAUAAGAUCGUUACUGGACAACAUUUCAUUUA